AAGAGACUUGUGGUGGAAUGGCCGCCGAUCCACUACCUGCAUUCCAAUAUGGCGUCCCCAAGAAUGCGGGUAAAUAACUGUUAGACGUGCACUUGUUUUCCCGAAGAUUUAUCGUGAUUUUAACGAAAUCGAAGUGUGCGCCGCCGAUCGUCGAUUGUUGAAAAGAAAAAUGGCCGCCGACGUUCUUCGAUUUGUGCGGUGAUUUAAAAAUUAAAAAGUGACGUUUUUUUUAUUGACGAUGUAUUGGAAAAUACCGAUUUUCCAUCAUGUCGCACAGGGAUUUUACGGAGGUUGAACCCGAAGGCACUUCCGAACUUCCGGCGGCCAAUCGCGCUCUCUUCCUCGAAAAGGUCAGACAAUCGAACACCGCUUGUCAAAAUGGCGACUUUUCCACAGCCGUCGCUUUAUACACCGAAGCCCUUCAAUUGGAUCCAACCAAUCACAUUCUUUAUUCAAAUCGUUCCGCCGCCAAACUCAAACAAGGCCUUUUUGCCCAGGCCCUUCAGGACGCUAUUACAGCUCGUGACUUGUGCCCCACCUGGCCCAAAGCCUACUAUCGUCAAGGCGUCGCUUUGCAAUGUCUAGGUCGACAUGGCGAUGCCUUGGCUGCUUUCAGUCAAGGUUUAGCCCAGGAUCCCACUUCACAACAACUUCUUUCGGGAUUGGUCGAGGCGUCGAUCAAAUCGCCACUGAGACAUAAUCUCGAACCGACUUUUCAGCAAUUGGAAAUAAUGAAAUUGGAUCAGAGUCCAUUUGUUUUGAUUUCGGUGGUGGGGCAAGAGUUGUUGGCAGCGGGGUUGUAUCAUUCGGCGGUGACGGUGUUAGAAUCAGCACUCAGAAUCGGUUCGUGUUCUUUAAAAUUGCGAGGAUCGGUUUUUAGUGCAUUGAGUUCGGCUCAUUGGGCACUAAAUCAGCUCGAUAAGGCGAUUGGUUACAUGCAACAAGACUUGGCUAUUGCUAAAAGUCUAGGUGAUACGGCGGGGGAGUGUCGUGCACAUGGAAACCUAGGCUCGGCCUAUUUCAGUCAAGGCUCGUAUAAGGAAGCCUUGACUGCGCACCGAUAUCAACUCGUACUAGCCAUGAAAUGCAAGGACACCCAGGCUGCAGCCGCCGCUUUAACCUCACUAGGUCACGUCUACACGGCAAUCGGUGAUUACCCCAAUGCCCUAGCCUCGCAUAAACAAUGCGUCCAAUUGGUGAAACAAAUGGGCGAUAGGUUGCAAGAAGCUCGCGAAAUUGGUAAUGUAGGUGCCGUAUACCUGGCCAUGGGUGACUUCGAUUCAGCCGUUGAUUGUCACACUCAACACUUACGUAUUGCCCGUCGUCUUGGCAACCAGGUUGAAGAAGCACGUGCUUAUAGCAACCUGGGUUCUAGUCACCACUACAAACGCAACUUUGCUCAAGCGAUAGUUUAUCACGAGAAAGUCCUAAGAUUGGCACAAGCCAUCGGUGAUAAAUCGGUCGAAGCUAGGGCAUAUGCCGGCCUAGGACAUGCCGCUAGGUGUGCCGGUGAUUACGUUCAAGCCAAACAAUGGCAUGAAAGACAACUAGAUGUUGCACUAGCGACACGAGAUAAAGUUGGCGAAGGACGUGCAUGCUCAAACCUAGGCAUAGUCUAUCAGUUGCUAGGUGAAAAUGAUGCAGCCUUGAAAUUACACCAAGCCCAUUUAGCCAUUGCUAGGAGUUUGCAAGAUAGGGCUGGAAUGGGGAGAGCCUAUGGGAAUAUCGGGAAUGCUUAUUCAGCGGCGGGGUUUUACGAAUCCGCGAUAAAAUAUCACAAACAAGAAUUGACAAUCAGUAAGGAAGUCCAUGAUAGGAGUUCCGAGGCUAGUACUCAUGGAAACCUAGCGGUGGCUUAUCAGGCUUUAGGUGCCCAUGAUAUGGCACUUUUACAUUAUCGGGCCCAUUUAGGUAUUGCAAGAGAGUUGAAGGAUACGGCUGGUGAAGCCUGUGCCUUACUAAACCUGGCCAAUUGUCUAAGUUCAAGGUCUGAAUUUGCCGAAGCAAUACCAUACUAUGAACAAUAUCUUAUGCUAUCGCAAGAACUCGCCGAUGUGGAAGGGGAAGCAAAAGCUUGUCACUUUUUAGGCUACGCACACUACUGUAUCGGCAAUUAUCGCGAGGCUGUCCGUUACUACGACCAAGAUUUAGCCCUAGCCAAAGAUUUGCAAGAUAAAAUGAACAUGGGGCGAGCAUAUUGCAACCUAGGCUUGGCCCACUUGGCUCUAGGCCAACUUGAAACAUCCUUAGAGUGUCAGAAGUAUUUUCUAGCUAUAGCACACAUGACAAAUAAUCUACCUGGCAAAUUUCGUGCUUUGGGCAACAUAGGCGAUGUUUUAAUCAAAAUGGGCGAAACCGAAGAAGCUGUCAAAAUGUAUCAUCGUCAAUUAGCCCUAGCCCGAAGUAACCGUGAUCGAGGCAUGGAAGCGGCCGCUUGUGGUGCUUUAGGUAUAGCCCACAGACUUUUAAAACGCCUAGACAAAGCCCUAGGCUAUCAUACACAAGAACUAACACUUCGACAAGAAAUGUCCGAAUUAUCUGGCGAAUGUCGGGCACAUGGUCACUUAGGUGCCGUUCACAUGGCCCUGGGCAAUUACACCCAUGCUGUUAAAUGCUACCAAGAGCAACUAGAACGUGCUCAAGAAUUACAAGACUGUGCCGUUGAAGCCCAAGCAUACGGCAACCUAGGUAUAGCCCGUCUAAACAUGGCCCACUACGAAGACGCUAUUGGUUAUUUUGAACAACAAUUAGCGACUUUGGAACGCCUGAGUUCACCUACAGCCCAAUUGGAUAAAGGUCGAGCUUUCGGCAACCUGGGCGACUGUUACGACGCUCUGGGAGAUCCAGAAGAAGCCGCUAAAUGUCACGAACAACACCUAGCCAUCGCUUUGAAACUUAAAAGUAUCCGGGAUCAGGAACGUGCCUACCGCGGCCUGGGCCAAGCUCAAAAAGCCCUCACAAAUCUCCAACAAGCUUUAGUUUGUCUUGAAAAACGCCUAGUCGUCGCACACGAAUUGGCCAAUCCGGAAGCUAAAGCUGCGGCUUACGGCGAAUUAGGCCAACUUCACGCCAACCUAGGCAACUUAGAACAAGCCAUUUCCUGUCUAGACCACCAGAAAGCGAUCGCAAGGGAACUCAACGAUAAGAUAAUGGAAGCUGACGCGAUUUCCACCCUGGGCUCGGUAUACCAACAAAUGGGCGAAUACACCACUGCUUUACGUUAUCACCAAACCGACCUAGACAUAGCCGAACAGUUACAAUUACCAACAUUACAAAGUCGCGCUUGUGGAAACCUAGGUGCCGUACAUGAAGCCUUAGGCAACCUAGAACAAGCAGUACGGUACCAAGAACAACAUUUAUCAAUCGCAGCCAGUACCAACGACCAACACGCUAAAACUGUCGCUUAUAGUUCACUAGGUCGUGUCCAUCAACUUUUAGGCAACCGAAGCCAGGCUGUAGCCUAUUUAAGCCAAGGUUUAUCAAUUGCCGAGGCUUUAGGCCGACGCGAUGAAGAAGCAAGGAUACGCAAUCGACUAGGUUUGACUUUAUGGUCAAAUGGUGAUCUUGAAGGGGCACAAAAACAACUUGAAGCAGCCACAAAUUUACUUGAAAAUAUCAGACGCGAAGCCAGAAACACACCAGAUUAUAAAUUAUCACUGUUUGAGUUACAAUCGUCGAGUUAUCAAGUGUUGCAGAGAGUUUUGGUGGGGUUAAAUCGUCACGAAGAGGCUCUUGUUGUUGCUGAAAGAGGUCGCAAUCGGGCUUUUGUCGAUUUACUGUUAGAACGUCAAGGUUUGAAUGAUGGACGAAACAAAAAACGAUUUGAUGAUGUCACUGCAAGUACCUUGGAUCAAAUCAAGGAGAUAGUGAACCGACAAAGAGCAUCAGUACUUUAUUACAGUAUAGCAGCCGGUUUUCUCUACUCUUGGCUCAUAGUACCAACCAAAGGCAUUGUCAAAUUCCAUUCAAAAUCUUUGAAUGAAAGUGACGAAAGUGAUAGUACCGAUCCAACUUCAAACAUCGGGAUUCUUGAAAAACUAGUGACUUCGGUUAGGGAUAGUCUCGGAGUGGAAUUAUCUCCUUGUAGUACCAUAAACGAAGAUCAGUAUUCCGAUGACACUCUUAGUGACCGCACUGGAUUCCUCCGAAUGGUCAAUCGUCAACACCUCCUCAACUCAAGCAACUACUCCCUGAGUUCUCUCUUCUCCCUUGGAAGUGUUGGAGGUUCGGUAGCGUCACUCCAAGGCUCAACUCGAUCAAGUACAAGCGUUCAAGCUUGUAGACAAACCUGGAAAGGUCCUUCAUGCCUCCACGCCCUUUACACUCUCCUAAUCCAACCUUUCGAGGACUUCCUCCCGAAAGCAAACUCAAAUCGCAGAGAACUAAUCCUAGUACUCGAAGGUGACCUCUAUUUAGUCCCCUUCCCCGUCUUGAGAUCCUCAUCGGAAGCUUCAGAAUAUCUCUGUGAGAGAUUCUCUCUACUUGCCGUCCCUAACAUAUCAUCAUUACGCAUGGGACGAAGUCGGAAACAAGGCGGUGAUCAAACUGUCCGAAGUCUCAUCGUGGGGAACCCCAAAUUACCAAAUGCCGUAACGGAACAUUGGGGCUGGAAAGAUAUCCCACAAGCCGAACAAGAGGCAACAAUGGUGGCUGAAUUAUUACAAACACAAGUUUUAUUAGGUGCUGGAGCAACGAAAGAACAAAUCUUGAAUCAGAUUCAAGAUGCUGAAUGUGUACAUUUUUCCACUCAUGUCUCUUGGAAGUUAUCCUCGUUGGUUUUGAGCCCGGCUGAGGUUUUAGAUCAGAGUCAGAAGAGACUCUACCUGGGGGACCCCGCCGAAGAAGAUGAAAGCGAAGUCUCAACUUCGGCAGAGUUGCCUCCAAUGUCCGAAUUUCUACUCAGUGCUGCUGAUAUACUUUCACUACGGCUUUCAGCGCGUCUUGUCGUGGUGAGUUCGUCACACACACGUGACCAACAAGGAUGGGCCACUUCUGAUGGUUUGGUAGCCCUAGUCCGGGCAUUACUCGCAGCCGGAGCUCAAGCUGUCCUAGUGUCACUAUGGCCGGUCCCGGAAACCGCUUCCAAAAUCCUCCUCCGGGCUUUCUACUCCGCUAUGUUACAAGGAACACGAGCUGCUAAAGCACUCGCUGAAGCCAUGCAAACAGUCCAACACACUAAACAUUUCGCCCAUCCGGCAAACUGGGCCGGUUUUCUCCUUGUUGGUCUCAAUGUUCGACUAUCAAACAAGGUUGCUAUGAUGGGCCAAGCCUUAUGCGAACUCCUCCAAGUCCCGGAUAAAUGCCGGGAUGCUCUUCGAGUAACCCUUCAUUUGGUAGAAAAAUCACUCCAAAGGAUACACCGUGGACAAAAAAACGCCAUGUAUACGACACAAAAAUCAAUCGAGAAUAAAGUAGGCUCGGUGACCGGAUGGCGUGACCUUUUGAUUUCCGUAGGAUUUAGAUUCGAGCCUGCCUCAAAUGGGAUUCCAAGUAGUGUGUUUUUCCCCCAAUCGGAUCCUGAUGAACGUCUAACCCAAUGUUCGGCAAGUCUUCAAGCCCUUUUAGCCCUUUCAAACACCUCGAUUCAUGCCCUAUCGAAACUAACAAUAAAUCCGGAUGUUUCCGAUGAUAUCAUUGGAGUGAUUCAAUCAGCUUUGGCACAAUUUUCCGAAAACGAAAGUGUGGAAUUAGGAUUAAAUGUGCGAUUAUGGCGAGUGCCAGGCUGUCAUGAACUUUUAGCCUCAUUAGGGUUCGAUUUGACUGACGUAGGGCAAGAUAAAGUGACCUUAAGGUUGGGCAAACAAGCCAAUCGGCGUAAUAUCCAAUUCACAUUACAAGCCCUUUUGGCACUUUUUGACACACAGGAAGCUCCAAAAAGCCUAACAAUUGACUCAUCGAGUAGUUUAGAAUCUUUGGCAUCUGUUGAUAAUGAUUUUUCACAUUCGGAUAAUGAAUUGUGUCAAGCACCGAAAUCACCACAAUUGGCUAAACCGCGACUUAAUUUCUCACGAACAGUACUACCAACCAAAAGACUUGGUGGCGCUUUUACCAGUUAUGUGAGACGUAGAGGUGAACCAGAUGGACGCACAGCCAAUCCUAGUGAUACUAAAACUCUACUAAGUGAUAAAACAAGAAAAAAUGUUGGUAGACCUGAAACGGAAGCGGCUUUUACACCAAGUCCACCCGUUGUAUUACAAUCAGAAAAUCAAAACAUCGCAUUAUCACUCGCACACCAGACGCGAAUUAAAAAUCUUUACUCACAAAAUGACAAUAAAAACGAUUUAAGACCUGAUAGUUCGAGUUCGGCCAGUUCGGUCACUGAUUGGGAUAAUGGCCAUGCGACUGUUUUACGACGUCAAACACAGUUCCCACCUCUACCACCCUCAAGAACUAAACUAGACCUAACACUUUACAACAAUCUACCCUCUCGUUUAUUCGAAAACAGUUCCGACAGUGAAUUAGAAAAAAUGGAAGCGAAAUUAUUUAAUACACGAAAUAAAAUGGCAUAUCGCAAAUCGAGAAUGUCAACACUUGACCGUUUAAGUGUGCGAACUGAACUAACCCCUCAAAACCUCCUCCAAACCUCCCGUAAACCAAUCACACUUCCCAGCGAAGAAACUCUCCCGACUAAUGAACGCCUCCUUUAUUUCUCCCCAUCGGAAGUUGAUACCUCCCCUCAAAAACUCCCCACCGAUUCGGACGAAUCCAAAGACAAGCCUGACCUUCACGACACUAUUCUUCGUCACAUUAACCGCGAACUCACCCCCAUCAUUUCCGAAGUCUAUCACGAACGCAAUAUCGGUCUUGGUUUAGCUCCGCCUUUAUCUAAACUCCUCCUCAAUCAACCGACCAACUCCACACCACAAACUGAUGCUAACGCACUUGAAAAAAUCACAUUGGGGAUACUCGAAGAGGGAGGAGAGCCAUGGAUGGCCGAAGGCGGAUUACAACAAAUCCAAAGUUCAGAUUUGACAACUGCUGAUAUACUCGAGAGGGAAGUGAAGAAUAAGAAAGGGUUGAGAGACAACAGAGAGGGGGAAGUGAAGAGAUUAUCGCCGUUUUCGGAAAUGUCACGAAGGGAUGAGGGCGAUGGGAGGAGCAUAGCCGAUUCGAAUUGUUCAAGUUAUAAAAACCGAUUUGGCGAUUAUAGGACGGGCGAGAAGAGACCAAUAGCGGCACAGAGGAGGAGCAAGCAGACGUAGGGGGCGGGGUUUAUUUAUUUUGUGAUUUUCUUAAUAUAGUUAAGUGAGAAAAGUGGUAAAAAAUGAAAGACUUUGUAUUUAAUAAAAUUUGGUUUUAAUAAUAA